AUGCAUCCUAUUCAACGUCAACUUUGGAAAACGCUAGUGCUCUUUGCUCUAUUACUCCGCUUAUCUUGAACUAGUUUUUUUUUAAUUUAUAUAUACAACAAAUUCAAGAAUUUUCAGUUUCCAAACUAUUUUUAAAUAAUUUAUUGAAAAUUCAAUUAUAGAAAUUGCCCGAGGAUGGCGCUAUUUUGCGCCAUCCUCGGGCAAUUUCUAUAUCUAAAUUUGGCGGAAUUGAAUUUUUGAUCAAUGAAUUCAAUUAUAUGUCAAAUUAGAUAUACAAUUUUUUUUUGAUUGAAUCCAAAUUCCAUAUCAUAAAAUUUUUACAUUUCUAGAAGGGUUUAGGUAAAAUCAGUUCUAUAGAAAUCAUCUCAGUUUUUUCUGAUAAUCCCGAAACAAAUGUGAAUUCUGACAACAAAUACGCAAAUAAGCCCUAUUUUCUUGAAACUUUUAAAGUUGUUGAACCUUUAGCUGAGUUUCACGAAUGUAGCUUUAUCAAUAUACUUGAGUGUCUCUCAUUUUACCCAAACGCCUCCAUCUUGCUUGACUUGUCAAGUGAUCUUGAUGUCCACCUUUCCCUUUCCCAAGUCAGCAAAGACCAUAUGCUGAUUCAUUUGGUUUUUAAUAAUGACCUAAAGUAUUCCAAUAAAUGAACUUAUUCAAUUGCGCCUUCAAAAUCAAGCCAAAUGGAUGCUUUUUUUUCCUUACUCAGAUAUUUUAAUUGGACAGAAGGAAUAGUAUUUGGCAAUGGCCUUAGCUAUGAAUUAAAAACUGAAACUAAUAAAUUUUCAUCUACACUUAAGUUUAUUCCUGUAGGAUCAGAUACAAACAUUGAUGAGCUGGUAGAAAAAAUUGUUUUCCGGCUUGGAGCAACUCUUUACUAUAUUCUAACAGAUCCGCUACAAUCAGCUUACUUGCAAGAUUCUUUGAAAAAUGCAGACCUUUUGAAUUCUGGGACUGGAAUUAUUUUAGAUCAGAAAAGUGGCUACAAUUGUGAAUACGAAGGAGCUCUGAUUAUUACUGAAAAAGGCCACGAAUUUGAUUCCAACACUACUGAGUAUUUAGCAAAGUCCAUCAUUGAUGUCAUUUCAUAUUUGCUGGAUAAUAUUUCUUCAGAAUCUCUCAACGAGCUUGUGUCAUUGUUUGAUUUUUACCUGCCAAACAACAACAGUAUAAAAAAUGAGUUUUCAAUUGUAAAUAUUCAAAAUGGCGAAAGAAUUGUUGUCGGCUCCAUUAUAAAUAGCAAUGUUACUGUCAUUAAAGACCUAGUCUUUCCUGGCAAAACUAAGAAUCCUCCUAAGUCAGCCAAAAAAGUGCUAAAACUCAGCAUAAAUGAUGGGACAACUAAUCCAGGCUUUGCUCCAAGUGAGGGCUCACAAAUCCGCUCAAUGGGCUCCUAUAUAGCUGCAGAUAAAAUUAAUGAAGGCACCAAUAUUUUAUCUAAUUUUCAAGUCAGCCUCUACAGUUUUGACUGUGGGGUCACUAUAUUCAAUGAGUCAUUUGCAAAAGCCUGCUUCACAAAAGAUGCUGAUGAACUAGGUUUAGCUCAUUUUACUGGCUUUGGGUCUGCAGUAGCAAUUGGAACUUUGCAUUUACUUCCAAAAUUAAACAUGAGUAUCCCAUGCAUCGGGAGCACAAAUAUGGACCCAUCAUUGCAGUCUUCAGCAUCUUUUCCCAUGUACGUGAGGACGAUUGCUUCGUCUACAUAUGGCCAACUUAUAUCUUACUUACUUACUCCCCCCUCCGCGAGCGAACAAAAAAAUCUUGUUUGCUCAAGGAGGGGUAAAUUGCUUUUUUUAAAAAAAAUUAUAUAUAAAUUUUAUAGAAAAAAUUUUUUUAAAAUUUAAAAAAAUCCCACUCUCGAAAAUUAAAAUGAAUUUGUAAAAUUUAUGUUUUCAAAUGCAAUUUGUUUAAAAUUAAAUAGAAUUAGCUCGAGAUCUCAUUAUACUAAUUAUCACUUAUAUAUCAAUUUUUUUCCCUUAAAACAAUUUAUGUUUCCUCAAGGAGGUUUUUUUUGGGCAAAAAAUAGGGAUUUUUCUAAUAGUUUUGUUCGCUUACGGAGGGGGGAGUUAGGUGAAUAAAGUGACAAUUUCUUCCGCAGGGAGUAAUAUCAGACCUCCCUUUUAACUCCCAAGUGAUGACGUCAGCAGCCAUCUGUCUAGCAAGCAUUCCAAAAGACCUCGCCAAAAGGGCCAGAAAUCCUUCACUAGCAGCGUUGCCUCACCCAAACUUGACUCCAGCGGUGUUCCGCCUAAGUGCAACUCUCCUCGAGUGUGCCAAGCGGUAAAACUCCUAUGCCUGCUAAAAUCCUUGGGCCGCCUUCUUAUCCUAUGCGAUAAGCCAUUUUCGAAAUUGUGGAUAAAGGUUCACCGGAUAAACCGAACCCUAUAAUAAUAAAAAUUUGCUAGGAGGAAUGGUUUACGGAGUAAAUCAUUUCCGUACGUAGCUAUUUUAUUAUUAUUAUUAUUAUUAUCAACUUAUAUCACUAAUAAGUAUUAUGGGGUGGAAAAAGGCUUCAAUAAUAUACGAAAAUAAUGGAUGGAGCAUCACCGCUUAUAAACUUAUAGUAGAAAUGUCAAAACUCUUGGGAAUCGAGCUGAUUAAUCCUAUAAACCUACACGCUAUACCUCCAGGAUUGAAUGAAACCACAAUUUUACAAUAUGCUGAUGUUUUCCAAGCGAUCAUAAUUUCACAAGCAAGACUAUUAAUACUACUAUGUCAGUACCCCACAUCGAAUUAUGCAGCUGAAUAUUUGUAUGAUUUAGGGAUGAGGAAAGGAGAUCUUGUUAUCUAUGCAGGAGCAUCAGACACCCUUAACUAUUUUUUAACAAAUGAUACAAAUUUAUAUAAAAGAUUUGCAGUUGGGUACUCAGCUGUGCAGAUCCUUUACCCAGUAUGGGCUGGAGAAGUGGGAGAAGAUACCAAAAAUAGAAUUUUUACUAAAUACCAUAAACAGCCAGCUGGAGCCAGUUGUUCUUAUUAUGACUCUGUUUAUUUAGUAGGAAACGCUUUAGACUACAUGAUCAACAGAGGACAAAAUUAUUCUGACCCAAUAAAAUUAAUGAAGGCAAUAAGAAGUACAAAAUUCAUCGGGUGCACAGGAGCUGUAAGUAUCGAUAAUGGCAGCAAUGACCGAAUUUUCGACGAAUUCUUAAUCCAAGCAAUGAAAUCAAACCAAGAUGGUAAUCCCAUAGUCUACGACGUUGGGGAGAUAAAACCAUAUAGUGCCCAACGACUAUUUAUUAUAGAGCCUAUAACUUAUGCAGAUGGGACAACAAAUAAGUCAAGCGAUUUGAGAAAUGCCAAUUAUGAAUGCCCAUUCCCCAACGAUAAAGUUAAAACUUUUGUCAAAGGACGAGCCGUUCUCUUUGUAAUUUGUUUUGCAGUAAGUUUGACAACUGUGAUAAUUACUUUUCUAAUAUGAAAACAAUGGUGAAACAUCCCAAUAGAAGCCCUCAAAGAAAAGCAUGAAAUUUCAUUACAAGAUACCAUUGUGGGGUUAACUAUUGCUGUAGAGUUUUUUCAAUUUGCAGCAAUGGGACCAGAUGCUUCUAUUAUAAGCCCCUUCCUGUUUAAUAUUAGCAAUGCCAUGUCUUUAAACCUGGGGAAUAUUUUUAAAAUGAGGAAUGGGAUAUUUUGGAUUGUGGUUAAUGCUAUCUAUGGAGGAAUAUUUUUAUGGGUCGUGUUUUGUGUGGUUGUUUUAUUUAGACUAGACGAAAAAUGGGGAUUUAUAUGGAUUUUCAGGUUUUUAGGAUCUGCUGAAGAUUUCAUAAUGCCGAUUUUGGGGAAUCUUUGCUUUAUUCCUUUCGUUUCAAUCUGCCUUGACAUAUUUGUGUGUGACCACUCUAUCGGUGAAAAUUUCACUGACUCCCCCCCAUCCUUGAUCGAACGAUUCACUGUAAAAAUUCCUAAAAAUAGGGAAAAUUUACCUCCAUCCUUGAUCGUACGAUUUUCAUAUCAUGCAAAUUUUUAUAUGUAUAAAAAAAUAUAUUACUUAUCAAAAGCUUGGGAGAUGUGCCUAAUGAAAUUGUUUUCAGAGGCUUUGAGACGACAGAAAGCUACGGAAUCAACCAUCCAAAGUGCUUUAGUCAUCAACCUGGGCUUAAAAACUCAAUAAUCUAAAAAAUAGAGAUUCUUUAAAAUUUAAAUUUUUUAAUUCAAUAAGGAACAAAAAAAUAUUCUUACUCCCCCCCCCCUCCGUGAGCGAACAAAAAAAUUUUGUUCGCUCACGGAGGGGGGUUAAUUUUUUUUUUUUAAAAAAAAUUUAUAUAUAAAUUUUAUAAAAAAUAUUUUUUUCGAAAUUUAAAAAAAUCCUAAUUUGCAAAAAUUGGGAAGCAAAUAUUAAUUUAAUUUGCAAAAUUUAUGUUUUAAAACGCAAUUUGUUUAAAAAUUAAACAGAAUUAGCUCUAGAUUUCAUUAUACUAAUUAUCACUUAUAUAUCAAAAUUUUUUUUCCAUUAAAAUGUUUUCUAUUAAAAAAAUUUUUGUUCACUCACGGAGGGUGGGUUUUUGGUCAAAAAAUGGCGAUUUUUCUGAUGGUUUUGUUCGCUCACGGAGGGGGGGGGGGAGUUAUGAAAUUAAUUCAAUUUUUUGCUGUAAAAAUAAUUAUUAAAUACUCUUAACCUUCUUAUUUAAAAAUAUAUAAAAAAAAAAUAUAAUUUUUAUUUUAUAUAUAAAAAUUUUUUUCCCAAAAAAAUUUGUUUUUAAACCCCAUCCUUGAUCGAACGAUGGCGAGCCGUUCGAUCAAGGAUGGGGGGGGAGUGACAGUUUUCUUGCGUUUGACUGCUUUUAUUUCUGCUGGAAAGAUGAGCAUUUAUAUUAUGCUAUUUUCUCAUUUAUUGCAUUAAUAGCUUAUGAGCCACUAGCUGUAUUUUGUCGUCCUCUUUAG